UUAGGUCGGAGCUGGCAACUGCCGCAGUAUCACAACGGUUGCACUUAUCUUGAUCGCGAUUGUUUCCAACAUACUGCAUCUCUCUCACUUAUUAUCUUAUUCGUCAUGUCAUCCGGAGUGAUAGCAGCUUCCGAAUGCCUCCAAGCAUUCACAGAAUUGAAGAUGAGCAAAUCGCUCAAGUACAUAUUGUUCAAGUUGAACGAUAAACGGACACAAAUCAUCGUCGACAAGACUUCGGAGAAUCCUGACUACGAAGAGUUUGUGAACAGCUUGCCUGCCGAUGGCUGCCGAUGGGCUGUCUACGACUUUGAAUAUAAGUUGGAAGAUGGGUCCCAGAGGAACAAGCUCUGCUUCGUCUCCUGGUCACCAGACACCGCACCGAUUCGGGCAAAGAUGGUGCACGCAUCCUCGAAGGACGCACUGCGGAAGUCUCUGGACGGGAUUGGCAUUGAGAUCCAAGGAACGGACAUGACGGAGGUUGCGUAUGAAACUGUUUUCGACAAAGUGAAGCGUUUGAGCCGAUAGAAAGCAGUACUUUGUGCCACUCUCCUUUGAUCUGUGAUGUUAGCUCAGAAGAUGCGCAUUACUAUAAACCUUUUUUGAUGUAGUAAUCGUGAAGAUAGUUGUAUAAAGCUGCAAAGGAUUCACACUUUACUGUACGAGCACAUGUAAAAGACUUUUCCAGAGUAUGAAGCGCUCGAGUUCCCAUUGAUCAGAUGUACAUGAAG